AUGACUUCUAAGUUCUAUAAGAAGAGUUGCCCAGAUGUAGAGAUCAUAAUUCAUAAUGUGGUAUUGCAGAAGCUCCUUGAAACACCUGUCACUGCCGCCGGUGCUCUUAGUUAUUAUCAGGAAUUCAUGCCAAGAAUUUAUGAUUACAACAAAGCAUUUGACAUUGACCCAACAAUGGAUCCGCAAUUUGUACUGUCUCUCCAGGGUCCUUGCCCCAAGAAGAAAUUUGAUCCCACUGUUUUUGCUCUCAAUGAUGUUACUACACCCUCCAUUUUUGACAAUUCUUAUUGCAGAAAUCUUCAGAAGGGGAUGGGGCUGCUAGCAACCGAUCAGAUGUUGAUUUUGAACCCGAUGACUGGAGAUUAUGUUAAGAAAAUGGCUGAAAAUCAAAAUGUAUUUUUCGAUUCCUUUGUUUCUGCCAUGAUCAAGUUGGGGAGCAUUGGAGUUCAGGAAGGAUGGAGAGAUUACACGGGAUUGCGGUUCUUUCAAUGGUUAAGUGGUUGA